GCUCGCACCUCUUGACCCUUCGGCACCGACUGCACCAUGGCGCCAUUCACCGCCGAGCCCGCCUCGCUGCACGACGCCGAGCAGGCGAGCAACGAGACGGCCACGCAGCGCUCCGACGAGGCGGCCGCGCUGCCCGCCAAGCGCACCGGCACCAUCUCGCUCGAGGAGGGCCGGCAGGCCGAGAAGCCCGUCGAGAAGAAGGGCCCCAUCCGCCGCACCAUGCAGCCGGGCGAGAGCUCGGCGGGCCUCGGCGGCAACGGGCCGCCGCGCCGCAUGACGGCCGCCAGCGACCAGCACCGCGCUCCGCUCCGCUCCUUCACGGGCCUCUUCACGCCCGACAAGCCGCUGGCGCCAGCACCCUCGCACAUUCAGUCGAUCAAGAAUGUCAUCUUCUACAGCCCCCUCAACGUUCUUGUGCUUGCCAUCCCGGUCUCCUGGGCGCUGCACUUCGCACUGGACCAGUCAAAGCCGUCUAAUGGCCUUGUCACCUUUAUCAUCAGCUUCCUCGCGAUCAUCCCGCUGGCUGCGCUGCUCAGCUACGGCACAGAGGAGAUCAGCUUGCGCGUUGGCCAGACGCUCGGCGGCCUGCUGAACGCGACGCUUGGCAACGCUGUGGAGCUCAUUGUUGCGAUCCUGGCACUGUUCCAAUGCCAGCUCGUGAUCACGCAGACGUCGCUCAUUGGCUCGAUCCUCUCAAACAUCCUGCUGGUGCUUGGCAUGUCCUUUUUCGUCGGCGGCCUCCGCUACUCGGAGCAGGAGUUCCUCAUGACGGCCGCAAACCUCAACUCCGGCGCUCUCACGAUGUCUGUCAUCACGAUUCUGAUUCCCGCCGGUUUCCAUGCUACGAGCGGAGCGCUGUCGGACGCGCUUGAGCGCGCCGACAUCCUCAAGGUCAGCCGCGGUGCCUCGAUCAUCCUGCUGCUCAUCUACGCCGGCUAUCUCGUCUUCCAACUCAGCACGCACACGCACCUGUACGAGGAUGAGGGCGAGGAGGAGGAGGUCACUCUCAGUCUCCCGGUGGCCGUCGGCCUACUCGUGCUUUCGACAGUUCUGGUAGGCGUCACGUCUGAGUGGCUUGUUGACUCAAUCGAGGGCGUCUCCGAGAACUACGGAGUGCCAAAGACCUUUAUCGGUCUGAUUCUGCUGCCAGUCGUCAGCAACGCCGCAGAGCACGCCACGGCCGUCACGGCCUCGUACAAGAACAAGAUCAACCUUGCCAUGUCCGUGGCCGUUGGCAGCUCGAUUCAAAUUGCCCUGUUUGUGCUGCCGCUCCUUGUGGUGAUCGGCUGGAUCGCCGGCAAGCCGUUGUCGCUGCUUUUCGACCCGCUCGUCGCCAUCAUCCUCUUCCUCAGCAUUAUCCUCGUGUCCAAUGCCAUCGCUGACGGCAAGAGUAACUAUCUCGAAGGUUGGAUGCUGAUGAACGUUUUCGUCAUCAUCGCACUCGCCAGCUGGUUCAUCCCCGAUGCUCCGGCCGACGCUCUUUUCACCGACGAGUACUGCCGCAGCGUCUAGGGCGCCUCCCGCGCCUCUCCUUUCCAAUUGUACCUACAUUCUCUCUCCGGAGCUCCGCCAUCUCGUCGC